AUUAUUUAUAAAUCAUUAUAUAAUAAUACUAUUAAUCCUAUAGUACAUAUCUUUGUAAUUUUAUUACAAUAUUCACAACUUAUAGUUUGUUUCUUUGUAUUUUUAAUAGUUUAAAUAAUAAAAUAACAACUGAUUUUAUAUAAGAAAAAUAUAAAUUAGAGGUAUUAUGAAUAAUAAAAAUUCCAAAGAUACCCCAAAGUUAAGUUUAAAUAAUGCAAAUCUUAAUAAUAUAAAUAAUAUAAACCAACUACCAUCAUUCGAUAGAUUUAAAGAGCUAUUAGGUAAACUGGAAAAUGAAUAUAAAAUACUAUGGCUUGAAAAUCAAGAGUUAAAAUCUAAAGUGGAAUUGUUAACAAAUAAUAAUAAUAGCAAUUUAAUAAAUAAUCAGCAUGCAACUUUAAAUAAUAGUUCGAACAAUGUAAUUGUAAAUAAUAGCAAUAAUAAUAGUAACAAUACUAUAGCAAAUAAUAAAGAAAACCAAAGCAAUAGUCCAAAUAUAAAUAACAAUAGCAGCAAUACUGGAAAAUCAACAUUGGUAUCAAUAAUAUCAUCAAAUAAAAACUCAACAAAUACAACAGCGAUUAACACAUCCAAUAUAAGCAGUACAACAUCAAAAACAAAUAAUGGAUUUCUAAUUAGUGCUACAGGCAAAACCAAGUUACCGAAAAUCAAAAAAUCAAAAUCUCAAUCCAAACCAAAACAAACCAACCUAUCUAAAAGAGAUGGAUCACAUAAGUGGAUUAGGGCAAAAGAAUAUUUAGGACAUAAGGAUGGAAUUUGGGAAAUAACAGGUUGUCCAUGGGAAAUUGUUUAUUUUGGUACAGCUUCGACUGAUAGAACCGCUAGAAUUUGGACUGUUGAUGGAUCUAAAUUACCAAUGGUUUAUACCGCACAUACAGGCACAGUAAAUUCAAUUAGAUUUCAUCCUUUGGAAAGAUAUUUUUGUACUGCAUCUGGAGAUAAAACUAUCCAUAUCGUAAAGUUACCCUCUGAAAGAGGCUCUCAUGGUUAUAGAUCGCCUCAACAGCCUUCAAUAAAUAUACAGCAACCACAAUAUACGUCACCAAACCAAAUAAACUCUCAUAAUACUCCUGGGUCACCAGUAAUGGGUAGAUCUACAAACCCAAUAUCAGCUCCUACAAAUAAUAUACCAAUUACAAAUAUUCAACAUAAUAUUGAUAAAUCGAAAACCAAAUUAUGGACCCCACUUUUAGAACGUCAAUCCAAUAAUUUUACAACCCCCAAUACAAUGAAUAGUAGUGGUGGUAUUCCAAUCAAUACUUUUAAUAUCACUAAUAAUAAUAACAAUAAUAGCAAUAGCAAAUCAAAUAGUAAAACAAAUAAUUUUGAUAAUGAUUUUGAUAUGGAUUCAGAAUCUUCAGAUAUGGAACAAACACAAACACCAACAUUCAAACCUCCGCAAUCACCAAGGGAUUUUAAAAUCUUAGAUGAUCAUAAAGUACAACCUGUAGUAAAUACCUUCCAACAACAACAACAACAACACCAACACCAUCAUCACCAAUACCACCAACACCAUCACCAACAUCAACACCAACAUCACCAUCAUCACCACCAUAAAAAAUCGACCCAACUACAUACAAACGCAGAACAAACCCAUACAUUUAUUAGAUCCCCAAUCAUGGAAUUAAAAGGUCACUCUAGUCCUGUAAUUGGUGCGACCUGGGUGUCCUCAAAUGUAAUUGCAUCAUCAAGUUGGGAUAAUAGUAUAAGAUGGUGGAAUACUGAAACUGGCAGAAUGAUUUCAAACUCAAAUAUUUGUAGUGAUCUACUUUAUAGAGUCACAAACAUCACAUCACAACCACUCGCAAGUAAUCAAUGUGUAACAUCAAGUACCGAUGGCAUAGUUAGAAUUUGGGAUUUCCGUAGUAGUGUAUCAGGAUGUGUAGACUCAAUCCAAGCAUCACCCGAAUCUAUCAACAGUGCAAUUUUUACACAUGAUGGUAUUUCUAUAAUUUCAGGUGGUGAAGAUAGAUCAGUUAAAGUUUGGGAUAUCAGACAAUCCAAAUCCUAUAAAACAUCAAUUCGUUGUCCAUUUGGCAUUAAUAGAUUAUCAGUUUCGAGCCAUGGCUCUAUUGCAAUUCCUCAAGAUGAUGGUAGAAUUUCGGUUUACGAUGUUAAUGGUAAUAGAAAGGGAAAAAUGAGGGAUCAAUACAAAUAUGGUCAUAAAUUAAUGGGUACCUCAACUUCAUGGAGUUUUGACGAUAGUGUUAUUUAUAGCGCUGGUAUAGAUAGAAAAGCAAUUUCAUGGGCUGAAAACUCUUAAUUAUCAAUAUGUAUUUUUAAAACAAACCAAUAAAUAGAAUAUAAUAUAAAAUAUAUAAUAUAAAUAUAGUUUUUAUAUUUAAAAUAAUUUUUAUAUUAUU